AAGGUUUAAGAUUCUGAAAAUAUUCUCAAAAGUCAUUGUGCGCAAAAAAUAUUAUAUUAUUUAUAUGAAAGAAUUUACCCUAAUAUCACCGAAAUCAUGUACAUACAGUCUUCAAAGAUAGAUUUUAUGGGUAUAUUUAGGCUUCCUACAUAAAUGUAUUAUGUAAUUUUUUUUUUCAUCAAGUUUGACAAUUGAUCUGACAACUUUUGAAAAGAAGUAAUUCACAUACAUAUCGGCCAAGCGGGAGUUCAAGUCGCCAAUGCCUGCUGGGAGUUAUACUGUCUUGAACAUGGUAUUCGACCUGACGGUAUACAGGCAUUUUCUGAUAAUGACACAAGUUGUAGCGCGUUCUUUAGUGAGACAGGCGCUGGAAAGGUUGUUCCACGAGUUGUUAUGAUCGAUCUAGAACCAACUCCCAUUGACGAGAUUCGUACAGGAGCCUACCACCACUUAUUUCACCCCACAUCGUUGCUAACUGGUAAAGAAGAUGCAGCUAGUAACUUCGCUCGUGGUUAUUUUGGUGUCGGUCGCGAGAUGAUAGAUUUAGCCCUGAAUCGCAUACGAAUUGCUGCCGAAGACUGUCACUGUCUCCAGGGUUUUAUCAUAUUCAGAUCAUUUGGUGGAGGCACAGGGUCUGGCUUUACAGCGCUCUUGCUCGAAGGACUCGUCAGAGACUACGGAAAGUUGUCGAAAAUAGAAUUUGCAAUAUAUCCCUCGCCAAAAAUAUCGCCUAUUAUCGUCGAGCCUUAUAAUGCAGUGCUAACUUCGCAUACUUGCAUGAAUACAGAAGAUGUGUGCUUUAUUUUUGAUAACGAAGCAUUGUAUGACAUCCUUGCCAGACUAUUAGAUGUGCCCAGGCCAACUUAUACCAAUUUAAAUCGACUUAUAGCCCAGGUGGUUUCGUGCAUGACAGCCUCUAUGAGAUUUGAAGGUUCACUAAAUGUUGAAUUAGUAGAGUUCAGGACCAAUCUAAUACCAUAUCCAAGGAUUCAUUUCCCUUUAGUCACUUUUGCACCAUUCGUUAGUGCUUCAAAGGCUUAUCACGAAACAAUGAGUACGCAGCAACUGAUGAUGUCCUGUUUUGAGCCUGCUAAUCAGAUGGUAAAAUGUGAUCCUAGACAAGGAUACUACAUGUCAUGUUGUUUGUUGUUCCGUGGAGAUGUGAAUCCAAAUGAUAUCAACUCGUGCAUUAAUCAAAUCAAAAGUAUGAGGGCAAUAAAAUUUGUUUCGUGGUCACCUACUGGAUUUAAGAUUGGAAUAAAUUAUCAACCACCUAUGACUGUGCCGGGUGGCGAUCUAGCCGCGUUGCAAAGAGCAGUUGUUAUGGUGUCAAAUAGUUCUGCAGUAAGAGUAGCUUGGGAACGAAUAUGCAAGAAGUUCUCUCUAAUGUACGCAAAACGUGCUUUUGUCCACCAUUACGUCGGAGAAGGCUUAGAAGAGGGAGAAUUUAAAAACGCAGUACACAAUAUUAAGGCAUUGUCGAAUGAUUACAGAGAAAUUGAAGACUGAAGUAUUUCUCGCGUAAUAAAUUGUGUGGAAAUGUUUUCGCAA